AUGGCCAAAUGGGCCAUCGAACUCGGGGAACAUGACAUAGAAUUCUGUCCUCGAAGCUCUAUGAAAGGUCAAGUGCUUGCGGACUUCAUAGCAGAAACCCGGCAUAAUAAGGAAACCGUGGUCACGAGUCACUCGAGCACACUCGCCAUCACCAAAGAGCGAGAUAGCAACAAAUGGCAGCUAUAUACUGACGGGGCGUCAAGCAAGAGCGGCUCCGGAGCAGGCCUAAUGCUGAUAGGACCAAAUCAGAAGGAAUAUACCUACGCGUUGCGAUUCAAGUUCGACACAACGAACAAUGAAGCAGAAUACGAAGCACUAUUAGCAGACUCGCAGCUAGUGGCCAAGCAAGUCCAAAGGGAAUUCGAAGCGAAACAACCAACAAUUAAAAAAUAUUUGGAAAAAGUUCAUGAAUUGAUAAAUUGCUUCGGAUCGUUCGAAAUAGAACACAUAAGGAGGAAUCAGAACCAAAAAGCGGAUGCACUCAGCAAAUUGGCAUCCCUAAAAUUUUCUCAUUUAGCCAAAGACGUCCUAAUAGAAGUUGUCGAAGAUAGAUCAAUAGAAGGGCAGGAGGUACUAGCAAUAGUCACCGAAGACCCGAAUAACUGGAUGACACCUGUAAAGGAAUAUUUAGUAAGUGGGCUCCUCCCAGAAGAUAAGAACGAAGCUCAGAAAAUAAGAAUUAAAGCGCCUCAGUUCAAAUUAAUGGACGGAGUUCUGUACAAGAAAGCCUUCCUGACCCCAUGGUUGAGGUGCGUCGGACCAAACGAAGAAAAUAUGAUAAUAACAGAAACACACGGGGGGACAUGCGGACACCAUGCCAGCCCAAGGUCGAUAGUAGCAAAGAUACUACGACUCGGCUACUGUUGGCCAACUAUGCAUCAGGAUGCAUCAGCAACGAUACGAGUAUGUGUAAACUGCCAACUACACGCAAAUGUCAGUAGAAUGCCCAAACAGGAUAUGACCUCCGUUAUUUCAGCUUGGCCCUUCGCACAAUGGGGAAUAGACAUAGUUGGACCAUUACCAGCAGCACCAUCAGGACACAGGUUUUUGAUUGUCGUGAUCGAUUACUUCACCAAAUGGGUAGAAGCGAAACCGCUGACAGAGAUCACCGGAAAGAACGUCGAAAAGUUUGUCUUCGAGCAUAUAAUUUGCCGAUUUGGGGUGCCGCACAUUAUCAUCUCCGAUAAUGGAAAACAAUUCUCGAAGGGCACAUUCCCAGAUUUCUGCGAUUGGUUAAAAAUACAAAAAAUAGUUACCUCCGUAUAUCAUCCCCAGCGUAACGGAAUGGUCGAAGUAACAAAUCGCGAUCUAGUCAAAGGUAUUGAGAAGAGGCUGGGACCUACUCGAAAAGGAUGGGUCGACGAAAUACCCUUAGUAUUAUGGGGACUAAGGACCACGCCAAAAAGGGGAACAAAAUAA